ACGUUUCCUUGGGAGUCACAUGACUCUUUACAGUAAGUCCAACAUGGCAGACGGAGUGGAUCUUACGCGGUAACUAAAGCAACAUUUCAACUGGAACAGACUAAUUCAACACUACUGUGCAACAAGACAUCCACAAUGACGGAGAGACAGAAGAAAAAGAAGGGGAGGACGUGGGCGGAAGCCGCUAAGACGGUUUUGGAGAAAUACCCUAACACGCCCAUGAGCCAUAAAGAGAUCUUACAGGUGAUCCAAAGAGAACGGCUUAAAGAAAUAAGUGGAACCUCGCCGCUGGCAUGUCUGAAUGCAAUGCUGCACACAAACUCUCGUGGUGAGGAGGGGAUCUUCUACAAAGUUCCAGGAAGAAUGGGCGUCUACACGUUAAAGAAGGACAUCUCAGAUGUGGUGAAGGAGCUGUCUGAGAAGGGCUCCGAGGAGAGCAGUGACAAUCUGUCUGACUCCCAAAGCACAGAAAACAACAGCAGUGCCAUCGCAGGAGAGGGCAGGAGAGGAAGGUGGAUGCGAAGAGUUCCUUCCAAGCUGCAGUCACAGCCGUCCUCUCCGCAGCCUCGAUGCUCAUCGCCUUCUGUCCCCCCAAGUAAACUCAUCUCUCCCUCACAGAAACACAGCAAGAAAGCUCUGAAACAGGCCUUGAAGCAGCAGCAACAGAGAAAUCAGCGCAGACAGGGGGGAAUGCCAACCACCUCCAGUCCUAGAUUGCUUCUGAAAUCCAUCAAAGACAUGGCUGACAACAUUACUACAAAGACUGACUUAUGUCACCCAGUUGUCCCCAGGAAGGUUUCUCAGAGGUCAGGCCGCCUUAACGCAGGGCAGCUGAAACGCACCAAGUGUAAAAUAGAUGUGGAAACACCAGACUCCAUUUUGGUUAACACCAACCUGCGGGCGAUCAUCAACAAGCACACCUUCUCUGUCCUGCCCCCUGACUGCCAACAGAGGCUGCUCAAACUUCUGCCUGAAGUUGACCGGCAGGCUUGCAUGGACGGCCUUCUGAAGGUCACUAGUUCUGCCUUAAACAACGAGUUCUUCACAUCAGCAGCUCAGUCCUGGAAGGAGAGACUGGCUGAGGGUGACUUCACUCCUGAGUUGCAGCUUCGAAUGCGCCAAGAAAUUGAGAAGGAAAAGAAAGUUGAGCACUGGAAGGAGGCCUUCUUUGAAAACUAUUAUGGUGAAAAUUCUGGGCUUAGCUUUGAGGAAUCCAAAGAGCUGACAAAGGCUGAUGUGAAUCAGGAGUCUGCCAGGCCCCAGUCCCAUGCUCAUCAGACAGGACCUGCCGCUCAAGCACCAGAGCAUCCCAAGGGCACCAAGGACAGCAGCCAGACUGAUGCUGCUGCUACCGCUGUGAAAGACAUGAAGCCAACAAAGGAGCCUCUGAAGGCACAGCCUGCUCAGAGAGAGCCAGUCUUCACCACAGAGCCUAUGAAGACGCGGCGCUCGCAGUACACUGAGGAUCGCAAGUUGAAUGCAACAGCACAGUCUGGGCCAACACCUGCAGUGAAAACACCAGAGGCUGAGAAGCAGACUCAACGGGCCGCAGCAGGUACAGUGCCUGAAAAGGAGCAUAAAGAGGAAGUGAAGGAGGAGAAAACUGAACUCCCUCAGUCGCCUGUGAAGAAGAGCUGUCCACCAAAGGCUAGUUCAGAGUUGAAAGAGGAUCAGCCGGUGUCUGUGGUUAAGCCUGCUGAGGAGAGCGAGGAGGUCAUCUCUGAGCCCAGUGGCCCCUCAGAGCCACUGAAAAGGAAAUCUCCCUGUGAGAUUGGGGAUGAACUGACACCAGAGAAAAGGCCCCGUAUGUCCUCAGUCUCCUCUGUGUCCUCAGUCUCCUCUGUAUCUCCUCCAGCGUCAUCCAUAUCCAGCCCGGCCACACCAACUUCAACAACAAAUCAGAGGGUUCCACCACUCAAGAUUCCAGUGUCAAGGAUUCUUCCUUUGUCACCAAGCCAAGUCUCACCCAGGACUCCCCUCCCGGCCCCGCUUAGCAGCCCAGGCCGUACUGGUGCUCGCACUUUGGCUGACAUCAAAGCCAAAGCUCAGCUCGCCCGAGCGCAGCGAGCAGCGGCUGCCGCGGUAUCAUCUGCAUCGAAGGGAGCAGUCCCAGGCCCGGGGCCAGGGGGAGGCAGUGGUGAGCAAACACAGCCAUCGCCCAGCCCCAGCCCAACGUCCCCACAGGCAUUCACCAGGUUACCAACCUCCAGCUACAGCAUCAGUCAGACCAGUACGCCUCCUUCUCGCCCACUGGACUCUUUCGACCAACUAAGCCCAAACCAGUCUCAAACAUCUUACUCAAGCAAAGCUGAUGAAAAACACAAAGUUCAUUUUGCUGGUACUGUCAGUGCAGGGCCUCAUAGCAUUCAGUUGCAACCCACUCCAUCAUCUGUGCACACUCUGAAGGGACAGGAAAACCAAUCACCUGCUGGAUCAUUACCCAAAACCAGCUCCUGUAUCCCUGCAAACAAUCCACUGGUCACUCAGCUUCUGCAAGGCAAAGAGGUUCCCUUGGAGCAGAUCCUCCCAAAACCGCUAUCCAAGGUGGAAGUAAAGAUGUCAAAUUUAUCCUCUGGCAGUAAGGUGAAGACACCACACCCCACUGAGCACCGGGCUGAUAAGCAGAUGUUCCACCAGUUAAGUACAGCAGGACGAGCAGGAGUGUUCUCAGAAUACACAAGACACCACAGGGAUCUUCCUGAUAAGGAGACUCAGGAGCAGAUUGUGCAGGCUCUAAUGCAGAGGAAGGGCCAGCAGAGCCAGCCUUAUGGUGGCAUGGGGCCUCAGCACCCUCAGUACAAAGUCCAUCAGCUGGUGCAUGCAGAAGAGCAGCAGGACCAAACCAGGAUUUCAGUUGGAUUUCUGGGUCGUAAGAGGAUGCCAAGGCCUGCUAUGACGGGACAUUACCUGCUCAAUGUGUCCACAUACGGCAGAGGACCAGAUAGCAGGAGACUGCAUCAGUCUGUCAUCCCAAACACAUCUGUGUCAGGUUUUAAAAGGGAAAGCACAGAAGGAGAGGAGGCGGCUAAGGACGAAGAACCAGCCAGGAAAUGUUUCUUUCCCGCUCCCGGGGUUAAAACAGAGCAGCAGGGAUACUCCAUAACCAAGUCUGACGAAGCAGCGAGCAUUCAGCAUUGCUCCAACGUAAAGACUGAGCCUGGAUCAGAGGAUUUUGACGCCGGUGCCGAUAACGACAGCACCAGUGCGACAGCCAAAGACACCAGCCAUUUUUCUCAGUCACACCGAAGGCACCUCGAACUCUGCAAUAGUAACCAAGGAAACUCCGAGCCAUAUCUUGCCCAAGUGGACCCCAGUCACCAGCGGCAGUCUGCCUUUCAAACCCAGAGAACGCUCGAUAAUCAGGAAGUCGUGGCAGCAUCAUGCUACGGUGGCACUAUCAGCAUGUCUGUACCUCACACUUUAAACCACAGCACUGCAGGCAUCGGCUCUUCCACAGCCUCUGCAGAGGCUGACGGCCGCGGCGUCCAUGGGAGCGUCAUGUCUUUUUCAGUGACUGUCACCACCAUACCUGCCGGUCACUCGCUAGACCACGGCAACCAGGGUGAGCCCUCACCUGAGCAGUCGUUCAUGGAGGGCUCCAACAUGGAGGACGUCCAGUCCAAAUGCUACUGCCGACUGAAGGCGAUGAUCAUGUGCAAAGGAUGUGGAGCCUUUUGCCAUGAUGACUGCAUCGGCCCCUCGAAACUCUGUGUGUCAUGUUUAGUUGUACGAUGAUAUGAAAUUAAUAAUACUUAGAAGAUGGUUUGAUUUUUUAUUGAUGCGAGACACAAAGCAGAAGCAGGUCAUUCAGAAUCACUGCUGGAGUGACGCAUGUUAGCCACGCUCCGCACAAAACAACCAGCACGCGGUUGCUGUUGGAAAAGUAAGGAUUUACACUGGAUGGUCUUUUGUUUCACCAACAUCUAUGAAAAGUUGUUCUGUGCAAUUUUUUGGUAGAAAUGUCAAUCAAUUUUCAAUCAGAUCAGUAGUGUGUCAGAUGUGUGACAAAUAUAAAAUCUGGCAAUGUUUGCACUCGGC